AUGUGCCGGGCCGUGCUGCCUGCCCACGCUGGGCCCUGCGGGGAGCUGGGCGCGGGGCCGCUGCUGCGAUGGAUGGACGCCGCCGCCUGCCUCGCAGCUGAGAAACAUGCUGGGGUGUCCUGCAUGACAGCAUCCAUGGAUGACAUUCAGUUUGAAGAGGCUGCCAGGGUUGGACAAAUUAUUGCCAUCAGAACAAAGGUGAACAGAGCAUUCAAAACCAGCAUGGAGGUUGGCAUCAAGGUGACAGUACAGGAUGUUUUGACUAAUGCUGAAAAGAUUGUGAGUGUGGCAUAUGCAACAUAUGAGGCCAAACCAGUUGAGUUAAAACCUGUACAGCUUCUGUCUGCAGAAGACCACCUGGAGCACAUCCUGGCUAUUGAGAGGAGAAUAAUCCAUCUGGGCUAUGUCCAGGUCUUUCAGAAGCUGAUGCAGGAGAGCAAUAAGGAAGGUGAUUUUUCUACUCAGCACAGAAGAAUGGAUGCAUAA